GCUUCACAAAAAUACGAAUAGCAGCUUAUUUUUCUCCUUACCCACUACGUGUAGAAAUGGCAGGGGUAGACAAGAAAGCUGAUGCCCCGUCCAGUGCUGGUGGGAACAGUGGUGGUGCUUUGAGGGCUGCGCGGCAAAUUCGAAGUGGGGGUGAGCCGGGCACCUCAAUUCACGUUCGCCAAGGAUCGAAUUUGACGUCUAGUGCGGGUGGAACGACAGGUGCUGGUAGUGGAUCAAACGGUUCAAAAGGAAAAGGCUCGGCCUCCAACAGUGGUGCCAGUACACUUAGUAGCAGCACUUAUGUAAUGCGAUUCAAGACGACAUUUCGCAACACUAUCUACGACACACUACUGCGUCGCGGGUGGAAGGAGACAACGGAGAAUGACUGGGACUUUUACUGGGCUGACCGCGAGUAUAUCUACGAGCUUUUGGAUACUGUGCACCUCGAGAACAGCCAACGGGUGAAUCAUUAUCGAAAUGGAAGAGAGUUGUGUCGGAAAGAUCUGCUCAUUAAAAACCUGAAGCGAGCAAAGCGACAAAUGGACAAGAAGGCGAGGUCGGAUGAUGCAACAUUAAGUGAGCUUGACUCGGCGCUGGGCUCGUACGAUUUCUUUCCUGCCACGUACAUUCUACCGGGCGAGUAUGCCAUUUUUGUCGAAGAGUUCAAGCGCAACCAGGGCGUUUGGAUCAUGAAGCCCAUUGGAAAAGCACAAGGUAAAGGCAUCUUCCUGUUUACGAAGCUGAGCCAAAUCAGUGACUGGCGCACGGAUUUCCGCUGGCGGCCCGAAAAUCAACAGGUAGAGACGUACGUCGUGCAGCGCUACAUCUCAAGCCCGUACCUUGUCGGCGGAAAGAAAUUUGAUCUGCGCCUAUACGCACUCGUGCCGUCCUUCUGUCCACUUGAAAUCUACCUUUUCCGCGGUGGAUUCGCGCGCUUCACCAAUUCGCGAUACUCGAACAAUCACAGCGACAUCGCCAAUUCUUUCAUCCACCUCACGAAUGUUGCUGUCCAGAAAACGUCUGAGAACUACAACAAACAGCACGGUGGAAAAUGGGAUCUGCGCAACUUGAAGCUGUACAUGAUGUCCAAGCAUGGACCUGAACGAAUUAACAAGCUUUUCUACGAGAUUCAGCUGGUGAUCAUCAAGUCUUUGCUCAGCGUCGAAAAGAUCAUCAUGAACGAUAAACACUGCUUCGAGCUGUACGGAUACGACAUUAUGAUCGAUGAAAACCUCAAGGUGUGGCUCUUGGAGGUGAACGCUUCGCCUUCCCUUUCAGCUAACACCUCGUCAGAUUAUCAGCUCAAGUGCGGAAUGCUGAACGAUAUGCUUGAUAUAAUCGACCUCGAGAGCAGGAAACCCGAGGGGGUCGUUCAGGAGCAUAUGGGAGGCUUUGAUCUCGUGUUCCGUGACGGUAAUGUCACCAAAAAGAAUGAAGGCUGUAUGUACACGACUUUCCUGGGAGCAGACUGGCAGCGAACACCCGCUACGAGAACAAGCGGCACCAAUAGCACCCAGUCAUGA